AGAGAGAGAGCCACAAACCUCCUGCCCCGAGACAGCCGGGCCAGCCCUCGGAAGGCCCCACAGCAUGUGGGAACUCCGAUCCAUAGCCUUCUCCAGGGCUGUGUUUGCAGAGUUCCUGGCCACACUCAUCUUUGUCUUCUUCGGCCUAGGCUCAGCCCUCAACUGGCCACAGAGCUUGCCCUCUGUGUUGCAGAUUGCCAUGGCCUUUGGCUUGGCUAUCGGCACCCUUGUGCAGGCUCUGGGACACAUCAGCGGGGCCCACAUGAACCCUGCUGUGACUGUGGCCUGCCUGGUGGGCUGCCAUGUGUCAUUUCUUCGAGCUGCCUUCUACGUGGCUGCCCAGCUGCUGGGGGCUGUGGCAGGGGCUGCCCUGCUCCAUGAGAUCACACCCCCAAACGUCCAAGGAAACCUGGCUGUCAAUGCUCUCCACAACAACACGACAGUUGGCCAGGCCGUCACCGUGGAGCUAUUCCUGACCUUGCAGCUGGUGCUCUGCAUCUUCGCCUCCACCGACGAGCGCCGUGGAGACAGCCUGGGCACCCCCGCCCUCUCCAUUGGCUUCUCUGUGACCCUGGGCCACCUCCUUGGGAUCCACUACACCGGCUGCUCUAUGAAUCCUGCCCGCUCCCUGGCUCCAGCCGUCGUCACCGGCAAAUUUGAUGACCACUGGUUGGUGGUCAAAGCAAAGGAGAGCCCUGGGAACCCCAAGGUGCAGGCAGAAGAUGGGCUUGGGGCUGGCCCCAUCCUGGUCCAGCUUCUUAAACUCUCCGGACCUGAGUGCACCCUGACUCUUCUGUCCUUUCCUUCCUCCCACCACCUGCUGUAUAGCUAA